UUCACUUCAAUGAAGUUUUCAGUUUUGCUUCUGGAAGCACUGAGAAACCUGGUAGCUCAGAAGCAAUGCCACAGUGUGAAGAAGAUGGAGGAGUCCACUCUCAUUCGAGGCACUCAGCAAUCAACAAGCCCACCACUGAUUAUUCUCUAAGCAUUGCCAACAGGUUGUACGGAGCAAACAGUUUUCACUUUCUUCAGCAAUACUUAAGGUGCACAGAGACACUGUACCAUGCUGAGCUGGAAGUUGUUGACUUCAGCAGCGCUCUAGAAGAGACCAGAAGAAAGAUUAACUCCUGGGUGGAAAAUCAGACAAAUGGUAAAAUCCAAGAGCUGUUCCCUCCUGACUCUAUCAGUCAUGAUGCUGCCCUAGUGCUGGUCAAUGCUAUCUACUUCAAAGGCAAUUGGACAGUAAAGUUUAAGAAAGGAAACACUAAGGAAACAGUUUUCCGAUUGAACAAGAAUGAGACCAAGAAUGUGCAGAUGAUGUUUCAGAAUGGUAUAUACAACCUGGCCAUCAUAGAGGAACCUCAGGUAGACAUGCUUGAGCUCCCCUAUGGCAAGACAGAAGAACUGAGUAUGCUCAUUUUUCUGCCAAAAGACAUCAAGGAUAACUCUACUGGCUUGGAACAGCUUGAAAGUGCAUUUACCUACACGAAACUAGAAGAAUGGACUAGCUUGGCUAAAAAGAACAAACAAAAUGUGGAUGUGUACCUGCCCAGAUUCAAGAUAGAGGAAAACUAUGACCUUGAGAACGUUCUGAAGGCAAUGGGGAUGCUAGACCUGUUUGACCACUUGAAGGCUGAUUUAUCAGGAAUGUCAGGAGAACCUAACCUGAUUGUGUCCAAGGUCAUCCAUAAGUCUUAUGUGGACAUUAAUGAAGAGGGCACUGAAGCAACAGGUGCUACAGGGGGUGUAGCAGUUCCUGUAAGUAUGCCGAUUCCUCAUGAGUUUAAGGCCAAUCACCCCUUCCUCUUCUUUAUCAAAGACAACGUACCCAACAGCAUUCUCUUUUGUGGCAGAUGUGCUUCCCCUUAAGAGAGAACACCUUGGAAUAAUAUAGCCUUAUGCCCUAAGAAACACAGACAGUAUGGUAGCAGCCAGAGUACAAGAACAUUAGAUAUUUUAGUCUUUUUGAAUAUUUGGCAUGUGAGAAUUUUGGUGAGACUGUAUCCAAAAACAAUUAAAAAUCUUCCCGUAUGUUUUUGCCUUCUGUCUUCACAUUGGUGAUAACAUCAUUACAUAACCAGGGAAGCCAUCUCCUAAUAAAUUUGGUACCCUUGUCUCUCCAUCAUGACUUCUGACUUCCAUAUCUUUAAAGAUGAGGAAGAGGGAAAUAAAUUAGGAGACCAAACUGAUACCCCUCUUUAGCCAGAGGAAAAGAGGAGGUUUUCCCCAGAAAAUGAGUGGCAGUCCUAAUCUCUGGCUGUUUGGGGUCCUUCCUAUAUAAAACCCAAUGCUUUCUCACAUUCCUGGCACUACCCUAACCAUGUAUCCAUGCCCCCAUUGCUUUAAAGAGGGGUACUAGAACUCUCUUAUGUAGAGGAAAGAUCUUCAACAGAUAUAUACACCCUCAAGCUGUAUGAAGUUUUCUAGUCACACACCAUACCAAUGGCUACAUGGAGACUCUCCUACACCAUGAUCACCACCCUUUGCCCACCACCUCUUGCUUGGCCUACUAUUCACAGUCCUCAUCUCCUGGGAAGGCUUCCACAUUCAUAGAAAACUUUUGCUUAGGACCAAUGAAGGCAAAGAAGUGAUUGUAGAAGUACCUCAAGCUUCCUCCUGUCCACAUGAAUGAUAAUACAGCCUCUUUCUGCAUGCAUCAGAGGUCAUACUCCAGGCUUGAAGAAGGAUCUUGGGAAUUGGUCCUGUCAGAGAAUAGUAAGCAGACUUUUUCUGGUAUAACUUAAACAUUUCUUAGGCAGUGCAGAGUCAUCCACAUUCAGAUUUCAGUGAGAAAUUCUGCCUGCGGAGACCAGAAAGCCUGAUAGGUUUCAAGGAGAUAGAUAUAGGGGUUUCUGGGAAACUGCACCUCAAACUGCUGACAAGAAAAACUUGUGACGUGUGACUGUGUGUGUGUGUUAAGGCGCCUCUGGAUGGAAGGAAUAGUAAAAAAGCCAGAGGCUGGCCAAACAAGCACUGAACCUCACUAAGCUCAUCAGCAGAAACCAACUGCCUACAGCCCAAAACACACGGAAUGGAUCCAGGCCAUGCCAUGACAAGCCAUGCAAAACCUGCCAACAAUAUCUCCAGUAUGGAGAUAUCUUCACAAUACAAUACAUAUCUCUAUCAGGGCAUUUGGUGCCCUGAUGGAAAAAUACGUGGAGACACCAAGCAACAAUUGCACACCGGAAUGAGCGCACACCAAAAAUCUAUCAAAGACAAGCACAGAACACCACCUGUCUCCAAUCUCUCAGGCCCGAUCCUCAAAGGGAAUUUACAAUCCACUUCUCACAGACGAGCCUAUGAACUGCACUGCAUCAACCUCCUAGGUACAGAAACUCAUGGACUCAAUAUAGACAUUGGAUUUAUGACACACUACAGCCUGCUGGAUAUCUGACUCCCCAGGUACCUCUCCAAUUUUGCCUGCUACAUCCCCCUUUUCCCCUACCCCAGCCUCUCUCUCUCAUCCCCUGAUGCCUCCAUUUCCGUUUUCACUGACUGGCUUCCUUGCCUGCAUUGCAUGCCAGUCUCUGACUUCUUUACUAUUCCUUCCAUCCAGGAGCAGCACACACACACACACACACACACACACACACUCUCUCUCUCUCUAACUGCAGGUACUUCCGGACCAAGGGUUUUUCAACCUGAAAGCUGAAAUCCCGGGCAGCUAAGCUGAGCCCACCUGGAGCCUCACAACUGCACUGCAACCAGCAACCCUCAGGCCUGUCAAAGACGUGACAGGUCUGGGCUUUCCCCAUCCAGGACUCUCUGUCUGUGUCUGUGUGUGUGUGUGUGUGUGUGUGUGUGUGUGUGGUGGCUGGAAGUUAUGGUGCCUCCCACCCGCCUUUCACCAGGGGGAUCCUCAGUCCUGGCAUUUUCUGGGGCUGCUGCACUGCCAGCAGUCCCACCAGGCCUCCCAACCCUGGCAGAAUGCAGUUUUAGUGAUCAUGCCCAGGACCUGGGGCCUCCUCCUUCCCCAUAAUCCCAGCCCAUACCUCCAAGUUUGUCCUGGCAUAGGAGCUCAGCAGAGACAUGUUCUUCCCCUGGGUGAUGCAGUGAGUGUCCCCUCCAGCUCUGAGUGGGACAUUAAAUGGUUUUUAAAAAAUGGAAAAAGGAAAUAGGUGUGGACGGGGUGAGAAGGGUGGCAUUCACUGUCUGCAUAUGGAGCUUGGGGAACCCCAGCAAUGGGAGGUUCACCUUGAGGAACACCAGCUGCUCCACCAAACCAGGAUCCAAGCAGGUGUGGUGGGGUGUCACUACAUCCCCAGCAACCCUGGACACCCACUCGCUUGGAACACAGGUCGGUGGAGAAGACAGGUGUUGCCAGACAACUGUGGCCAGAUCCAGCCAAAACUGGCUGUGGCUUGCCCAGUAGGCCAAGGGGUCGCACAGCAGUGGCUCCACGUCCUCGUCAAGAUAGGUAGCCACCAAGGCCUGAGCGCUACCUGCCUGAUGGUGGGGUCUGGUGCCUCUGGUCCCCAGUAUGGAAGCCAUGACCUUGGCCCAUGUUGGCAGUGCCUGUGGUGGAGGAGGAGACUGGCUGGUGGAUGGUGUGCUAGCAUGGGACAGUGGAUCCCCCUCUUCCACGUCCCCCCGCCUCUGCUUUUCUGCCUCCCUGACUCUCUUCGCCAGCACCUCCAUCCAUUGAUUCAGGCUUUGGCUGCUGCGUACACAGUUCUUCACCCUCAGGUCACACAUGGUGGCCAGCAUGUGGACCAUACCAGACCACAAGGGAUCAAGCUAUUUUCUGAUGCCCUCCUUCAGCUGCCUCAGCAGUUCCUGCACGUCUGGUGACAACGGUUUGCCCCAGCCAGGAACACUGAUGCCUGGAAGCUCUCCAUUUGGCUCUGAAGUUCCCUCACUACAGGUAUCACCUGGCUGAGGAGGACAUUGCCAGCACUGAGGGUCUCGGUGGCCUUGAGGAAGGGCUUGAGGACCACCAAGAUCUGGGAGAUGGUAUCCCACUCAGCUCUGUUAAAGGGGCCGCUGAUCCCAAUCUCCCCGAGCAUGGCCAUCUCAUGGAUGGACUUCUGUUGCUCCAUUAGCCUCUUGAGCAUCAGGUAUGUGGAGUUCCACUGAGUCUCCACAUCCUGCAUGAUUUUGUGCUGUGGGAUGUUCAGCUCUGCUUGUUUGUCCCGCAGCAUCUUGUCCCCCUUGAUGCUGUGGUGGAAGUAACCUGCCACCUUCCUGCAUUUUGAAAUGAGCUUGCUGGUGGUGCUGGCACCAUCACUGGCAGCUCUGUCCCCCUCCAAGGUGUCCCUGACAACGAGGUGGAACUUGUCCGUAUUGUUCCCAUUGUCAAUAACCAUGAACCCAUGGGUGAGCUUGCCCUACCCAAUGAACCAUCCCUGCACCAAGUGGUUCAUGGCCCCCAUGAUCUCUGUUGCCGUGUGGAACUCAUCCAUCACCUCAGCUUGAAGGAGAGUCCACCGACAGCCUGACUGGUCACACCAGUGCCCUGUGAGGGAGAGGUAGGCAUGAUCUCCACCCCCGCUGCUCCAGAUGACCAAGGUGAAGUGUAAGGCUACCUAUGGACCUGCCUUGUGCAGCUCCUCCCUCAAGUACUCCCUGCAUGCCUCAUACAGGGAGAACACCACCGUCCUGCUAAAGGUGGUGCAUGCGGGCACUUGGUACAAUGGGGUCACGAGCACCAUGAACCGCCUGAACCCUGGCCACUCAACUAAGGAGAAGGGCGGGCCACCAACAGCAACCAACUCCCCAGUGCUCCGGGUGAUCUUGCUGGCCCUUGCAACAAGCCUCCCUCCCCCCCCCCUUUCUGUCUGCCUUUCCCCCACUGUUCCACAGUGGCCUGCCUCUGCUUUGGGGAGACAGGGACUUUGGAGCGAGUGGGGGACUUCCCUUUUGGCAUGCUCCCACUGAUGCCAGGCUGAGGAGGAGCAAGGGCAAGGGGGUGCUGCCUGCGGAGAUGCAUCUGCAUCCCUGUGGUGCUCAUGUGUUUUGUUCCCUUGCCCCGGCUGGUUUUGGCUCAGCAGUGCAGGCAGAUAGCGUAUGUGGGAUCAUCUGCCAGCUCAAAAUGAUCCCAGAUCACACUACCCACUCACUUCUGGGUUGUGGGUGCAUGUGUGGAUGCUGCAAUUUCCCCCUCCUCAGCAGGCAGAGGCACAGCAACAGGAGGGCAACCUCUGCCUCAGUCUCCUCUGAAGUGCCUUCUGGUGAAGGAGACCUGGCUUUAGGAGAAACUUGAGGGGUGUGGAGCACAAACUCAGAUGAUUCCCCCUCCUUCCCCAGAAUUUCCCUUGCUAUGGUACUCAGAUCCAGCUCCAGCUCUUCCUCUGGCACUGGAAGGCCCAUCAUGGGAAGUGAAAUGGGGGUGGAGAAGACUG